AUGAUUUAUAGAAAUACUAAGAAUCAAUUUAGCGCUACGAAAAACUAAUUUCAAUUAAUCCCAAAGAUUAUAAAGCUUGGUGUAACAAAGGUAAUAUUUCAAUAUAUUAUUGUAUAGGUUCGUCAUUAAAGAAAAUUCCAGAAAUACUAAGAAGCUAUUGACUGUUUUGACAAAGCAGUUUCAAUUAAUCCCAUACUUGAUUAAACUUUGAGUAAUAAAGAUAAAUUUAAAUAUAAUUUAAGCUUGGCACUACAUAAGUUAAAGAAAUAUGCAGAUGCAAUUCUAUGUUUUGAUUAAGCUAUUUCAACCUUAAAGAUUGAGAUGCAAAGGUACAUAAUUCUGAGUUAUAUUUCAAUUUAGCUGA